AUGGACGACACCCCGCUGCCAGCUCCCCCGACCCUUCCCCCAGCCCCCACACCAGCCCCGGCCCCACCCGCGGCAGCCCCCCGGGUCCCGUUCCACUGCAGCGAGUGUGGCAAGAGCUUCCGCUACCGCUCGGACCUGCGGCGCCACUUCGCACGGCACACAGCACUCAAACCCCAUGCCUGUCCGCGCUGCGGCAAGGGCUUCAAGCACAGCUUCAACCUGGCUAACCACCUGCGCUCGCACACUGGCGAGCGGCCCUACCGUUGCUCCGCCUGCCCCAAGGGCUUCCGAGACUCCACGGGCCUGCUACACCACCAGGUCGUCCACACUGGUGAGAAGCCCUACUGCUGCCUGGUCUGCGAGCUCCGUUUUUCUUCACGCUCCAGCCUGGGUCGUCACCUCAAGCGCCAGCACCGGGGGGUGCUCCCAUCCCCUCUGCAGGCCGGCCCUAGCCUGCCUGGCCUGAGCGCACCCUGCUCUGUCUGCUGCAACGUGGGGCCCUGCUCGGCGUGUGGGGGUGCGGCAGGGAGUGGUGGCGAGGGCCCGGAGGGCGCAGGUGCAGGCCCGGUCAGCUGGGGGCUGGCUGAGGAGGCAGCGGCCGCAGCUGCGGCCUCACUGCCUCCAUUUGCUUGUGGGGCUUGUGCGCGGCGCUUCGACCAUGGCCGCGAGCUGGCCGCCCACUGGGCCGCACACACUGAUGUGAAGCCCUUCAAAUGCCCUCGAUGCGAGCGUGACUUCAACGCGCCGGCGCUACUCGAGCGGCACAAGCUGACACACGACCUACAGGGCCCUGGUGCGCCCCCGUCGGCCCAGGCCUGGGCCGCGGGGGCUGUGGUGGAGCCAGAGGCUGCCAGCGAGCAGGGUGCCCCAGAGGUGGGUGAUGCGCCCCCGGCCUGGGACGACGUCCUGCCCCUGGGACCCGCGGGGGGCAGUGUGCCCGAGCUGGGGGCACUGCUCCCCGAGGGUGGUGGUGAGGCCCCUGCGCCCCCGGCGGCUACCGAGCCUUCGGAAGACACACUGUACCAGUGCGACUGCGGGACUUUCUUCGCAUCGGCCGGGGCCCUUGCCAGCCACCUGGAGGCGCACUCAGGCCCUGCCACCUAUGGCUGCGGCCACUGCGGGGCGUUGUAUGCGGCCCUGGCGGCCCUGGAGGAGCAUCGGCGCGCCAGCCACGGUGAGGGCGGUGGUGAGGAGGCUGUGAUGGCGGCCGCAGUGGCCCCAGAGAGGGAGCCGGCGUCCGGGGAACCCGCGUCGGGCUCCGGCCGUGGCAAGAAGAUCUUCGGCUGCUCCGAGUGCGAGAAGCUGUUCCGCUCGCCACGCGACCUGGAGCGGCACGUGCUUGUGCACACCGGUGAGAAGCCAUUCCCGUGCCUCGAGUGCGGCAAGUUCUUCCGCCACGAGUGCUACCUCAAGCGCCAUCGGCUACUGCACGGCACUGAGCGGCCCUUCCCUUGCCACAUCUGCGGGAAGGGCUUUAUCACGCUCAGCAACCUUUCGCGCCACCUGAAGCUGCACCGAGGCAUGGACUGAAACGGCCGCUUGGCCUCGACCUACCCAUCCCCAGGCACCGAGCUCAGGGCCCGGGCCAGGGGACCUCCCAAAUCCAGGCACGGGCCCUGAGCCAAGGCGACCCCGGCUGAAGAGAUGGGACCACCAAUACCGACACAGGCCCCUGAGUUAGGGGGAAUGGGACACACAUGGGGACUGCAAAUAAACCAAGGGACUCCUUAGCAAGGGAGUCCCAGAACAUGAGUUGGGGGUCCCCAAAGCUACGGAGAGACUCCUGAGCUUGAGGCCCCUGGGAUAUGAAGCAGGGCACCCUCCAAAUCAACAGGUCCCCAGGCUGGUGGAACCUGGGAAUGAGAACUGCACCCACAAGCACCCUAUCAUCUUGAAGGCCCUAUUAACAAAAAAUGGGCACCCUGAAGGGAAGACCACCCUACUCCCUGAGAGCCAUCAUUCCCAACGACCUUGAU